CUUUAAAUGGCAGCGUGACCUUCUUUCCGGCCCCUUUGCUUGAUGCCAGAACGCUAGUGAUCACAUCUCCAGCCUCUUAAUCAUAAAUCUGUUAAACAAUUCGUUUAUAAAAUGUCUACGGAGUUUGAACUUUGUCCUGGAAGAAAAAUCGGGGGCUCCAACCCCUGUUUUAUCAUCGCUGAGAUUGGACAGAACCAUCAGGGAGACUUAGAAAUCGCCAAACAAAUGAUCCGAAUGGCCAAGGACUGUGGAGCUGAUUGUGCCAAGUUUCAAAAGAGCGAGAUCGAACACAGAUUCACCAAGCUCGCUCUGGAGCGUGCCUAUACGUCCCCUCACGCCUGGGGCCCGACCUACGGGGCCCAUAAACACCAUCUGGAGUUCAGUCACCAGCAGUACAGAGAGCUGCAACAGUUCGCCAAUGAAGUUGGCAUCUUCUUUACUGCAUCAGGGAUGGAUGAGAUGGCUGUAGAAUUUCUUCAUGAAAUCAAUGUGCCAUUUUUUAAAGUUGCCUCAGCUGACACCAACAAUAUCCCUUACCUGGAGAAAACCGCCAAAAAAGGUCGUCCCAUGGUGAUUUCUAGUGGGAUGCAGUCUAUGGAGACCAUGCGCUGUGUUUACCAAACCGUAAAGAAGCACAAUCCCAAUUUCACGUUCCUGCAGUGUACAAGCGCUUAUCCGCUGCCAUUAGAGCACGUCAACCUCAGCCUGAUCCCUGAGUUCCAGAAGGAGUUUCCGGACAUUCCCAUCGGCUACUCCGGACACGAGGCGGGCAUCCAUGUGUCUGUGGCCGCUGUGGCACUCGGGGCAAAGGUCCUGGAGCGUCAUGUGUCCCUGGAUAAGAGCUGGAAAGGCAGUGACCACGCAGCAUCACUGGAGCCGGCGGAGCUGGCGGAGCUGGUGAAAGCCAUCAGGACGGUUGAGAUGGCGAUGGGUUCUCCGGUCAAACAGAUGCUGCCCUGUGAAGCCUCCUGUCACAGCAAGUUGGGUAAGUCAGUGGUGGCCCGGAAACGAUUGAAGAAGGGUGAGACAUUAACUCUCGACAUGCUGACAGUAAAAGUGGCCGAACCGCACGGCAUGAGACCAGAGAACAUCUUCAAACUGGUUGGCAAGAAAAUUACUGUGGACCUGGAGGAAGAUGCCACCAUUACUGAUGCCAUGAUAAAAGGCUGAUGAUCAGACAUUCCAAAACUAAAGGGGCAAUGUGGGGGUCUUAUCUUACGCUUCUAUUAAAGGGGU